ACGGGUCUCUCUCACCUCCUCGUCGUGAUUAACGAUGCCCAGAAUACGCACAACGAGGACGAAGAAGCCUCCAGAAGGCUACGAAGAUAUUGAGAGCAUUCUCGAUGAUUAUGCGAAGAAGAUGAGAGACGCUGAGAACGAGUCUCAUGAGGGCAAACGCAAGGCCGAGUCCCUCUGGCCCAUCAUGCGUAUCUCACAUACACGAUCGCGUUAUAUCUAUGAGCUCUAUUAUAAGCGUGAAGCUAUCACGAAGGAACUUUACGACUGGCUUUUAAAGGAGGGAUACGCAGAUGCGAACUUGAUAGCCAAAUGGAAGAAGACAGGUUAUGAAAAGUUGUGCUGCCUCAGAUGUAUCCAGACCAAGGAUAUGAACUACCAAGGCUCUACAUGUAUCUGUCGCGUGCCGAAAGCACAGGUACGGUCAGGGACGGUUGUCGAAUGCGUACAUUGUGGAUGCCGUGGCUGCAGCUCAGACUCCUAGGCGGGGAGAUCCAUAUCAAGUCAUCACCAAAGGAGCAGAACCUUAUAACCAGUCGUCUACCUCGGAGGCGCCCAUACGAGUUUUGUCAGGUCGAGAGGACAGAUGGGGAAAGUGUAGUCGCAAUAUCUGCGCCCUGAGAUAUGAUCCGUAUUUUGUAUUCUUGCAAUCACCAUUGAGGCGCUCUCCCGAUCAAU